AUGGCUUCGCAACCCAAGCUGGCAUCACUGUUCCACCCAAAGAAACCCAAGAAAGAUGCUGUCUCGCCCACCAAACCCGUUGUUCGAGCUCGCCCACGCCCAGAGGCCACGCCCGCUGCGAAGGAUGAAGAGUUUGAGCUCCCAGAUAUGCCCUUCCAGGAGUUCAAACUCAUGUCUUCCGCCUUGAAUGGCUGGAAAUAUGAUGUGAUGAAGUUCGACUCACGGAAACCUGUCGACCUCACCCAUUGGCGUGGCCCUAUCAAGCUGAACAGGAAGGACCUUAGGCGAGAAGAUGCUGUGACCGAACAAGUUCCCAUAACGCACAUGCUUGGACCCGAUGGAAAACCAGUCAUCGGCUCAGAUGGGAGAAUAGUGAUGGUCGAUGCGGAGGGCAAGCCCAUUCAUGCGGACAAUGGCAAGGCGAAACAGACGGCGGCAGCGGGGAAGAAGAAGUUCCAGAAGAAGACGCGUCAAGUUUAUGUUGUUCCAGACGAAGUCAGGCAACUACGGAGGGAGGAGCGGUACCCUUGGGUCAUCGAGGAUGCCACCGGCUCAGAAACGUGGACUGCACAACUUGAAGACAUCACCAAGUCUACCACCCAUGCCUUUUUCAUGCCCGCAGCCAACAACAUCUUUAAAUUCGUCCCCGCAAACAGAUGGUACAAAUUCCAAAAGAAGCUCAUGAUAGACAAACGCAACACAGAUACGGCCAGCAUCGAGGAUCUGUAUUCGAAGAGAAAUAAGAUCAAGCCGGAAGACAUGUUGAAGAAGUUAACCAAGAAGGAGCCUUCCUCUGAAACCGCUGCUAUGUUCAAAGCUGUUCAAGAGGGUCGUGCACUUGCGGGUAGCAGUACUCUCGUUCACUCUGCCGGUCACAGUUUGGGCCCAGGAGGCAGGCGUUUGAAGGCCGUCGACAGUGGCAUGAAUGACCUUUUCGGAGACGACGAUGAAGAUGGUGGUGCAAAGCGUCGGCGAGAGAAGGAAUUUGGAGGUGAAGGCGAUCUAGAUGAGGUUGUGUAUGAGGAGGACUUCGCAGAUGAUGACGAAAAGAUUGGUUUGGAGGCGGAGGAUGAAGAGACAAAAGACAUGGAGGAACGACUCAAGAAAGAAUAUAAAUCCGCGAACAAACAGCGUGAUGGCCACAUCGAUGAAUCGGACGACGAAGACAUGCCUGGAAUGACCAAACAAGCCAAAGCAAUGCAGAAACUUAUCCGCGCACGUGAAGGCAAUGACGCUUAUGAUAGCGACGAAGAGAAGAAUCCGUAUGCUAGCUCAGAAGAGGAGGAAGAUGAAGAAGUACCGAUACAACCCGUCAUACUUAAUCCACCUGUCCCUCCACAACCCGCACCAGACUCUCGACAAGGUUCACAAGCCCCCGGAUCACAACCACAACCAACCUCUCCUCCCUUGGGCAGUUCUACUUCACGCGCUGCCUCUCCAUCAGUUCCUAACGGUCUCAAUGGACAUUCGAUUGUUGCAAAGAGAGCCACCAGUCCCAAGAUACCCAAGGUCAAAGUUGGCGGGAGUCGAAGCGGGAGUCCUCUAGCCAGCAGCAGCCGGGCGGCCAGCCCUGAUGCCAAUAGUCGAGCAACCAGCCCCAGUCUAAACGGUAAUAAGAAGCGCAAAGUGGAGGACUACGCUGGCUCACCUUCACCAACCUCGCCCAACGGUCAGAACGGGUUGCCCAAACCGAAGAAACGGAAAACCCAGAAUAAUGGGGCGGCGCCCGUCGGUGAUUUGCAAGAUUCAAUGGUUGUUGACUGGUUGAGGAAUACGAAUCAGCCAACAACGCGAGACUGCAUUCAACAUUUCCAGCCGUAUCUCACGGACAACGCGAAGAAGCAGAGGUUCACUGCAUUGAUCAAACAAGUUGCGGUGUUGAAAGAGGGUGUAUUAAUGCUCAAGACUUGA